UUUAUCGUUGUCAGGUCCGGCGAGAAGCCGUACACAGGCUCAAUGUCUUUUGCAUUCAAGAUUCGAACAGAUUUCGGUUUCUUUUACGCCUUGAUGAUUUGUGGGAGAGCAUCUCCAACAAGUUCCUGCUGGUGAUUGUUGCAUGGUACCAAACCAGACUCCAUGAGUGAAACCCUGGCAAACAGUGCUGGUGCUUCACCUGACUCCAAACAGCGCAUCACUUCAGAAAACGAUGUCAGAUCAAACUCAGAUAUACCAAAGAAAUCAGAAACACUCUCCAUGUUGAGUGGAAGUGAAAAGAGCCUACAUUCUGGCGGUGGCAGUGUAGGGGGGCAGUCUAACCACCAUCUACAGCUCCAGCAUCUCUUGAUGCCCCCUGGAGCAACCCAGACCCUGUCUGCUCAACAGAUGCAGAGUUUAUUACAGGGUCAGGUCCUUAGCCAACAUCAGUUGCAGCAACUGGUCUUACAACAACAGUCCUUCUUGCAGCAACAGCAGUUACAGGAGCAGGCUACAUUACUUCAACAGAUGCAGGCAGCUGCUGUUGCUGCAGCCAGCGGUGAUGCUGGUAAAGCCCAAGCCAAACUCUCACCACACCAGCAACAACUUCACAGCCUAGCCUUGCAACAAGCCCAUAUGAUCCAGCUACAAGCCCAGCAACAAGCUGUUGCCUCGGGACAAAUGAUGCUACCACCAAGGUUGCAACAAGCCAUGUCGGUGUCAGAGCUGCAGUCUUUGUGGAAGGAAGUCUCCUCACCAGAAGAUGUCAAGAGCGCCCCCACAAGCUCUGUAGCAUCCAUGUUACCUGGAUUGAGUGGACAUCAUCGUCAUAUGAUGAAUGGUCUCUUAGAUGGAUCUCACAUACAUCCAGGAUUUCUGCUGGCACACCAAGGCAUGAUGAUGCCCCAUGAGGACCGAUUGGCUAAUCCUAACAACCACCCCCUCUAUGCCCACGGUAUGUGCAAGUGGCCUGGCUGUGAGACGGUGUGUGAGGACUUCCCAGCAUUCCUCAAGCACCUGAGCACGGAGCAUGCCCUCGAUGACCGUAGCACAGCGCAAGCCAGGGUUCAGAUGCAGGUCGUGAAUCAGCUUGAGAUACAGCUGACUAAGGAGAGGGAGAGGUUAGCUGCUAUGAUGGCCCAUCUACAUAUGAAGCCUCCUAUCGACUCCAAGCAAGAAACACCUAAGUCGUCUGUACAGUCAUCUCCUUCAUUGUCCAAGCCUGUGUCGGUGGUCCAGCACACGGCUCCCUCACUACCCAUGGUGCCCUCCAGUACACCUCCUGUGCCCAUCACCUCCAUCGCCUCUGCCCCCUACCAUGUCUCCCUUGCUAGUGGUACCCCUAAGAUCCCACCCCUCAUCCCAGUCUCUACUCAAGCUGCUGUCCAGUCUCUUAUGAGCCAGGCCCUGCGUAGUCCCCUUCAUAUCAAACAACAACAGCAACAGUUCCAGUUACAUCCUGCUAACAACCAAUCACACAAGCUUACUUCACAUCAUGUGACACCUGGUGGUCCAAUCAGGAGGCGGAACAGUGAGAAGUAUGGCUUGUCACUUAGUACAGCAGAAAUUCAUCACAACUCAGACUUCUACAAAAAUACUGAUGUGAGGCCGCCAUUUACGUAUGCUGCCCUCAUCAGGCAAGGCAUUAUCGAUGCACCUGACCGACAAUUAACGCUGAAUGAGAUCUAUAAUUGGUUCACAAGAACAUUUGCAUACUUCAGAAGAAAUGCUGCCACAUGGAAGAAUGCUGUACGGCACAACCUCAGUCUUCACAAGUGUUUUGUACGAGUUGAGAAUGUGAAGGGUGCAGUAUGGACGGUAGAUGAGAUUGAAUUCAUGAAGAGAAGACCUCAGAGAAUGGGAAGACCGUCAUUAUCUUCCUACAGUCUGAACACACCUCCGUCGACACCCAACACACCCACCACACCCAUCAGCAAGUCAGUUGAUAUGCUACCCACGGAGGAUAUGCCACUCAAUCUAGAAACACACAUGCAUCCCAUGGGUGGGAGUUUGCCGUUGUUAAGCGAUGCAGCAGCAGCAGCUGCAGAUCAUGCAAUCCAAGUGUUGGACAACGAAGAAGAUGACCUUGAUGGAGACGAGUAUCCUGGAGAUCCCAGAGGUCGUUACCCUGGUGACGAGCGUGAUACCUAUCCUGAAGAAGAAAGGGAGCGAUACUUGUUAGAGGUAGAAGAUAGAGGAGAGUAUCCUGGUGGAGAGCGGGGUGGUGGUGACCCCUUCCCUGAUGAUGAUAGAGACUCGUACCCUCAGUGUGGAAGUGCGCCCCACCCUGACACCUGUAGGGAUGUAUACCCUCCUGGCAGAGAACGAUCCCCAGGGGAUGCAGUGAGCGAGGGGGAGCUGCACUACCGGGUGGAGCAACGGGAGCGAUUCGCCAGUGAGGAAAGCGAGCGCUUCAUGGCCGAAGAGCGGUUUAGGAGGGCUGCAGAGGAAGAUCGAUAUGCAAGAGAAGGAGAGGAAGAAGCUGCAGCUCUUGAGAGGGAAGAGAGAGAGACUUAUCCUCGGGGAUUGAGGGAGGAGGAGGAGGAGGAAGAGGAUAUUGGUGAAGUAGAGGAGAGAGUGAGGAAUGCAGCUAUUGGUGAUGAGCUGGUAGAAGAGGAUGAUGAGAUGGAGGAUGAAAGAGACCCACGUGAGGAAGCAAAUCAUGCUAUUGCAGAUCUCAUUGAACACCAGAGUGCAGCAAACCGUCGCAAGGUUGGGCAGCUAACGAUGGAGCAAUUGAAACGUAUGAUGCAUCACAACCCUAUGAUGAUGAUUCCAGUACCAACCAAUGGGCAAUCAGAACAUCACCCAGAACCAUCCCUAGAGGGACCCAGCCAGGGGGUCAUGUAAGGAAGGAUGGGUCCCAUCAGAACAUCACCCAGAACCAUCCCUAGAGGGACCCAGCCAGGGGGUUAUGUAACGACUCAUCAUUCACUCUACUUCAGUUUGCCUUCGCUCGCUUCUUUUAGUUUCACUGACCUACUUGUACAUGGAUCUUGGGAAUCUUUGGGAAUCCUAUCUAGGGAGACACCAAGGUGGUGGAAAUACCUGGAAAAUGAAAUGAAAAAAUAUUGAAAUUCAAAAUAUCUCAAGUAGGAAGUAGUUCUUCAUCCAUUGGUGAUUCUACUGAAUGUUAUACAUGUUGCUCUGUUGAAUACCUUACUAGCCAUAAGUUUUGCAAGGGUUUUAUUUUCACUAAAUUUUAGGGUCGCAGAAUUAACAACUCUUUGAAAUGACCGACAAUGCAUUUGUGAGCAUGUAUAACAAGUAGCCAGUGUUAUUACAAAGAUAUUACCUCUGCCUGGGUGUCCCUGUGAUUGUCUCAAAUAUUGGCUUAUAGUAAUACAGUUAACUUUGCCAUGUAAGGAUGUGCAUCGUGGAAUGUGAUGAUGUACUCCGUUACUUUGAAAUGGAAUUGUUGUUCCUUCUUACGAUUUGAGCAAGAACACUGGCAAUUUCGGUGGCUGAAAGAUAAGAAGCAACCUCAUGUGUUCAUACAUAUGGAUGAAAAUGUUGUAAUCCUAGUCUUGAAUGAUCAAAUGAUAUAAUUUGAUGUAGCAUUAGAAGCUCUCAGAGGGUAUGUGGUUUUAAUUAGUCAUGUACAUACAUACAUGUAGAUCAAGUUGCAAGGGAAGAAAAGAUGAUGUCUUUGAUGUACACAAAGCAUAGCAAACAUAAACAUUUUUAUUAUUUGUUAUUGAUUUAUUUUUAUUUUUUAUAAUGACAUUUAAUGUUUGUAAAAUGAAAUAUGCAGAUUACAUGGUGGUUAUUCUGUAGAGUGAUAUGAAAUGAGUUUCCUCUCCUCUCAAGUCUCGUUCAGAUAUGUUGUGGUAAUCAACAGCAUUUUUGAUAUGAUGGCGUAAGUGUAUAUACGCCUUCCAUUUCUGUAACAUUUCUUAAAACACAGAGCUAAGUGGAUAUAAGCCUGUAAUUCACAGUUACCACUCAUUUACACAUCUAAAAAGAAACCACUGUGUUUUACCGCUGCAUAUUUGAAGGAACCUGUAUAAUCCCUUUAGGCUGUUACAAUGUGGUAAGGGAGUGUGAAUGAACUUGCCAAAGUACAUUGAAUGUCUCCAGUUUAUUUAUUCUUAAUAUGACAAUCCAUCCACUGUGGAGUGGCUAGUAAAGGCAAUGUUGACACCAGCAAUUUAAUCAAGACCUAGGAGUACAUCUUUAAUUUUUCCAUUGAUGGAAAAUGCUCCUAAUUGAACUUCAGUUGUAUUAGUUUUUUCAAAACCUUUAUAAUCCUUUUCAAAACCAAUAAGGAAACGUCUUUAUAGUAUAGACAUGAUUCGUACGUAACGUAGGCAUGCCUGUUAUGCCGUCACUCCACAGGAAAUGAUAAGUACUAUAUGUAAACUAUCAGUCAAUCAUAUGAUUAAUUAUGGUAGGUAAGAGUCCAGUUUGAAAGAGAAGAGUACAUCUUUGAGUACUGGCUUUAUGGAAAGCCUGGCAGAUGAUCAGAAUUGUAAUUAAUGUGUUAUAUAUGGAGUGCUGAGAAGUGGCAACACUCAAGCUCAAUCAAGAUACUUUUACUAUUUAUUUCACGUAUUUGAUGAAAUGCUGUUGUAUAUUUUUUUUUCUCUGUUUAGAACUGCCAAUCAUGUGUUUGAUACCCAUCAUUGAUAUCAUCCUUCAAACUCAUGUACAUUUAUGCGUAUGUAUAGCAUGAGAUCCUCUCUCUGCAAACAGAGAGUGAGUCUUCUGCGUACCUAUUGAUUAGUUUUUAUUUUAUCACCAGUGUCACAAAUUAGAAAUGUGUCAUUUUAAUGUAAAGUCUGAUUAAGUAGACUACUAACUUUUCUUCUACUUCUUUUUUUUAAAUGGGAUGCAAAUACCAUUCCAGCCUUGCAUACGAUAUAUAUGCAAAUAUGUAAUCAAUACAAUAUUAGAAAAAGAUAAUAUAACUUCCAAUACUGUACAGUCACUAUUUCAAGAUUGUGUGGAAAGUUCUAAAUCAAGAUUUGUCACAUUUUACUGAAAGAAAUACCUAGAUGUUAUGUAGCUAUUAUCUUUGUUAGUAAAAAAAAAAAAAAGAAGCUAAUCCUGAUUCCUGAAGCAUGAUAUCAAAAGUGGUUCAUAAUAUAUAAUAUGUAAUUGUAUUCCUGAAAAUAUGACCGCAGUUUUUCAAAAAUCUCAUUUAGAGCAACUCAUGUGUGUCUUAUCUUGCCCCCUGAAGGCUGACAUUGCCCCGUUAUUGGAAGAAGUGCAUCUAGUAUAAAUCAUGUUUGGCCCCAAAAUAUAAUGCUCUCAUAACCCAUCCCACAUGUUUUACAUGAAUGAUGGCUCAUAUAGAGACCCCAGUAUGGAUUGCUCCCUCUAAGUUGUCAAUGUCCUAUAUUGACAUUUUCAUGUCGAUGUCUCACAUUAUUUUGCAUGUUAGUUCAUGUGUAUAUGUUUUCUCUCUGUCAUGUCAAUCAAAAUGUCACCCGAGGAAGGCCACAUUUAUAGUUCCAGGAAACAUCAAUAUAGGGUAUUUUUAACGAGGUAGGAUUGUGAUCAACUAUUAAUUGCCCAGGAACAUUUUCCAAUGAGUGCUAUAAAACUUCACUGUUGAGUCAUUUGCUAUCCAGUUAUUUUGCGGCAUGACUCUUUUGCAAAUCUGCAAACUUGAAGCACUCACAAAAUUUGUGAUCAUUUGAUGCUUGAGAUUAUGUUUGGUUUUAUAUAGGUGUAGACAUGAGAUGAUUGUGAAGACAUUAGAACUGCCAUCAAGAACACAAAGUGUGAAGAAGGCUUUCAGAUGUGUACUUUGUUUAAAUAUGCAGAAUACUCUUUAUCAGCUAGUUUCUUUUCAGUAGUGUGUUGAAUAUAAACCUGAUGCUUUCCAGUUUCAUCUUAUAGGGUUGUAAAUGAAUCAAAUAGUGGUAUGUGAUGAUGACAUAAAGAAUGCUGCGUUGUGUGUAAUAUGAUUUUAGUUUAUUGAUUACAUGAGAUGAUUUGUAUUGUAUUGUUGGAGAUGGCUUCCAGCAUUAUUUCUUUUUUCUUCUAAGAUUUUUUCAAAUUUCCUUUGAAUUGCUUUCAAAGAGAAAAUGGGAAGACAGAAAGAGAAGUAAAUUGCAUUUAGUUGAUAGAUCAGGUGGAUUAUGCUGUCAAUAAGGCAGAAAAACACCCAAGGAGAAGUGUCGUCAAAUUGUGAGAUUUAUUUUUAUUUGACAAUUCAUAUACAACCAAAAAGAUUAUGAAGAAUGAUGAAUUAGAAUAUAGAUUAUUAUGUAGAUAUUAUAUUUUUGUAUUCCCUGCACUUGUUUAAGCAUCUUCAUUGAAAGAACUACUCCAACAAACUUGAGAAUCAUACAGGUUUGCACAAUUUAUUUUCCAAGAGAGAGGGAGACAUAGAAAUGACACCAGAACGAAAGAGGGUUUGUAUAAGAGGAUAUUUGGUACAUUGAUAUUAAACUUGUCCUUUGUCCUCCCUCUAACAAAGAUAAAUGGGGUCACGCUGAUGAUAUGGCCAUGAUGUGUUACAUCUAGUUUACAGGUUUAUGUAGGUUUGAUAAACCAAACCUCAUCCUGCUCAUCUCAAUAUUAACCAUGGUUACAGCUUAAUACUACAGACUUUAUUCUCAUGAUUUUUAUCAAGUGUCAAAUCUGCAGGUUUGUUUUAAUGUAGUGAAUAAUUCAUGUCUAAAUAUUUUACACUGCUACAUGAUUUGUAGACCAGUUAUGCUGCACAAUUAUGAUGUUUGUAAUCCCGUUGUGAACAUAAGUAGUAUGUAGAUCUUGCCAAAGUCCUUUAUCUCUCCUCGUUUAAAUGUGAGUUUUUAAUCUAUUUUCCAUACUGGAAGUUGUAUAAUUACUAAAUUUGUUUCUCUCCACAUGGUAGUUACUCCUCCACUUGUGUAAAUGUUUCUUUGACUUGAAAUGAAAGGAGCUGAUAUGCAAAACAUUGAAAAACAUUCAAAGCAUAUGCAAUUUAAAUUGCAGGGGAGGGGGGGGGGGUAUUUGUGAAAUGUUAUGAAAUGGCCUUGUUCUCAAAUAAUGUUAUCAUCAUGAAAGAAACAUAUGUUAGAUUGCUUAAUCCUGUUAUGGUAGAUAGAAAUGCCAUAUAUAUAUGUAUAUAUACAGCAUGGGGUCCAUUGUGGGUCUAUAGAAACAGUGUAGGUAGUAGUUUAUUCCAAGUAAAUGUACACCUUAAUUGUUUGUUUUGCCUUGACAUGUAAAAUAUACCAAGAUAAUAAUUUAAGGAUGCUAGAGUUCCAUUAUUGUAUAGGAAUACAAUACACAUUUUGUGAUUAUUUGCCCAUCUCACUCGCAAUGUUAUUACCAUUUGUUGUUUAAUGAAUGUGUAAAUGUGACCUACCGGUAACUGUUCAAAAUCACCAAUAAGUUGCUAAUCUGAUGUCAUUAAAUAGAUUAGCAUUAUGUUACUGAUUGCCCUCAGUGUAACAUUUGUAUUGCGUCAAAAUGUUUGGAGCCAGAAGGGCAUUAACUGCUUCAACACAGAGUUAAGACCAUUCUGGCUCUGAGCGGACGAUUGGUUCUUAGUCUCCAAUCUCCCUAUUGUACUCACAUGUAUAUACUACGCUGUGUUUCAGCUUGGUAUAAGAUGGUUUGAAGAAAGGAAACUGGACUGAAGUCUAAGUUUACCCAUUGCUAAACAUGUCUUCUCAUCAGGUUUAAGUGAAUGCUAAAAUAUGGGCCUAAGUAUUUUAUGCCAUUUUAAUGAUUAUUAUUUAUUAGUUUUAAAAAGACAAUCACUCAUAAGAAGUGGAUUUUGAUAACUUAUUGGUAAUUUUGAGAAGACAGUCACACAUAUCCUACAGAGUUUAGUUUGACUCACUAAAUGAAUUGCCCAAAUGAUGAAUUUUGUGCAGGUGAUUGUUUGUAAUCGUAUUCUUUUCUGUUAAAUUGUACUAAUUUCAAUUGUUUCUGUCUUAGAACCUUUUUUGUUAUUCCCUUACACUGUCUUAGUCCAGGUACCUUUUUAAAUAUUAAUAUGAUUGAACUCCCAUAUUUUCACUGUAUCCCUCUGUUUUUCUCUCAUUUUCUUUUAUCUUUAAUGAAAUCAUUUCAAUAUAAACCUGCCAUGUUUUCCUUAUGUAUAUUUUUAAAUUACUAACCUGAAAGAAACAAGGAAACUUGUUUUCUGUGAUUAGAACUAACCUAACUUAUGUCCAUUCCAUUAUUGUGCAAUUGUGUGGCAUGUUAAGUGUAUUGACUAACCUACAUGCUCAGCAUGCAGAUAUGUGCUUUCGGACAGGAAGCUAUAUUUGGAAUCUUUUGUAUCUAUGUAGAACCCCCAUAGUUUGGUCCUGGUCUAUGUCAUUCCAGUUCUAUUUAUGAAUAUUGUACUCUUUGCAAUGUACAUCAAAAGUGAAUCAAUCUUUCGUUGAAUAUACAUGUAUUAUGUAAGAAUAGAUAGAGUGAUGUCAUUUGUGUAUAUUUUUCCUUUUUUGUUUGUUUUUUGUAUAAUAUGUUGAAGAUACCAAAGAGAGCCCUUACUGUAAAAGUUUUUAAAUUGUGAUUUUGAGAUUUUCUUUCAAAGAAGACAAACAAAAACACAUAAACAGAGCCUAUCCCCUGAUGGAAAUACAUUGGGCCUUGAGAGAGAUUUGUAAAUGCUUCCAAAAUGCCUUCUAAUAUUAGCACUAAAGAAGUAAAUUCUUAAUUUAAGAAUCACCCUUUCUGUGAGCAUUUCUAUUAACGGGGAGAACAAAUCCCAUGUGUUUAUACAAAAGCUGUAUAUAUGCCGAUCAGUGAGAAAAUCAAACAUAAAUAUAAGAAUUGCACUGUGACCAAUGAUUAAAGAAUCAUCUUAAUUAUUGCACACAAAUGUGGUCUUAUUUUAAGCUUUUUCUUAUGUCUCAAUUUACUUUUCUUUGUACAAAUAUUUAGUAAAAAAGGCCAGGUUUAUAGUGCAGUAGCAGUCUUAAAAUACAUUGAUAAUCAUUAGCUAACUUCUGUUGUAUUGCUUGUUUUUGUGGUUGCAAAAAUUAGUAAUUUUGUGAGAAAUUGUAUGCUAGUCAAUCUACUUGGAUAAAUCUUUUAUAGAAAGAACCCAAUUAUUACAUGGUAAUGAUUUUUUAACUUUCCUGAUAUGCAUGUAAUGUAUGAAUUGACAUAGCAAGACAAUGCUGCAUGUUAAGAGUUUCUAUCCAAGUUAAACUUAUCAUAUGAUGUGCAUUUCAGGUGCUAAAUGUAUAUGAUUCAAACUAGCAUGCUCAAAUUAGAAUACAUGUUGAUAUAUAUCAUAACGUUCUUGCAUUUGUUGCAGGUUUGUUGAAAUGUAUACAAAUUUCUACCUAAUGUCAUGCCAACCUGGGGAAAAAAUUGGUGUGUACCAAAGUAUCACAUGUUAAUUGAGCAACACCAAAUGAUAUACAACCUGCAGUAGAUUGUACAAAGCUUUCAAGAAAAAAUGCUCUUCUUCGUUGAUGAAAAUCUUUAGGACAAAUUUUCAUUCUACUUUGUUGCGUAGUGUAAAAACAAAAGCCUUCCAAAGAGUAGAUGUUUAGUGUUGAGAAUGAUUUUACACAUACAAAUAAUUUAUAGUGAUGGCCGACGAGAUAUUUAAAAAAGCUGUGAAUAGAGGAGAUGGGUUUGGGCAUGAAAGUGUGGAUCACAGAUAUUAUGUCCUUAUUGUACCUGAUCCUCCUCGUAUUAAUGUCAAGUUGGUUACACCUGAUUUCUUAUAAAAAAAAGAAAUGAUUGAAUCAUGAGAAA